UGGUUAAUAUUUAGCUACACGAUAUGCACGGCUUGACUAAUUGAACUUCUUUUCUCCUCAGGACUUCCUUUUCUGCUUUCGAAAGUAAGGAAGUGGUCUAGCCGAUUACUCAAAGAAAUAGUUCAACGGGGGGAAACUCUUCUAAGAAGUGCAACUUCUAUACAAAGAUCGCCCUUGAUCUUGCUGAAUUUUUCUUAAAAAAAUAAAAAUGGCUGGUGUCAGCAGCUGCAUGAAAUACUCCAUGUUCAUCUUCAACUUUUUGUUCUGGAUGUGUGGAUGUGCUAUUCUGGGAGCCUCUAUUUACAUGCGUGUGAACAAAGAUGCGCAAGAAUCAUUCAACAAAGGUAGCGGCAUGUUUGCCGGGAUUGACCUCCUCAUUGCCGUGGGCGCUAUCAUCAUGGUGAUGGGUUUCCUGGGCUGCUGUGGUGCCAUGAAGGAAAGCCAAUGCAUGCUCCUCCUGUUUUUCAUUGGACUACUAAUAAUCCUGCUUCUUCAAAUCGUAGCUGGUAUUUUGGGAGGAGUGUAUAAAUCUAAGAUCGAUGAAGUUGUUAACGAUACCUUAGCAGAGGAGGUUCAAAUGUUGCAGGAUACUACAGAGAAGUAUAAAGACUUCCAGGCCAGUUUCCACAAAUUUGAGCAAGCGAACAAAUGCUGUGGUUUGCUUAAGGGAGAGAGCGACUGGGGGAAAAUUCCAUUGCAGAAAUAUAGUGGCUGUCAAUGUGACACUAAAGACAUAGGGACAUCAGUUUGCAAUGGAAAUAAGUAUACAACGCCUUGCAAAGAAGUAAUAAUGGAGUUCUUCAAGAAUAACAUGAUCAUCGUUAUGGGGAUAGCAUUUGGGCUGGCAUUCAUUGAGGUUCUUGGUCUGGUGUUUUCAAUGAGCCUUUACUGCCAAAUCCAGAGAAAAUGAAACCAUGGAAGUGUCAGAAAUAUGCCACCAGCCAAAUGAGAAACCUUUGUAGAUUGAGAGAUGGAUGUUUGGUUUGGCACCCGCAAAUAAAUGCCAGAAGCAGCUGUGAUGAUAACAGCUGAAGCACCAAUGGAUGAACACUCAUGACUUAUGAAAUAAAAUCUGUUUAAAAUUAGAGAAA